AUGGAGUGGGAGAUUGAUAUCAUCCUGCUCCAAGAGCCGUAUCUAGCAUUUGGAAAAGUUGGUGGUCUCUCACUACAAUGGAGCAUUUAUGCCCAAGAAGGUGACGAUUGUCGAGCUACAGUUAUACUCACACGAAGGGAUGUUGAUGCAUAUGCUUUCCACGUCUCUCCUCUCAUGGUGGCCGUAGAGAUACGGAUACCUUCAUGUGCUUGGACUGUGAUAUCCGCUUAUCGCCCGCUGUCAUUAAAACUGGGAGACUUUCUGAUUGACCUCGAAAGGGUUGUCCGGCCCCACGGUCGGGUUGUCUUGGCUGGUGAUUUUAACGCCAAGCACUCACUAUGGGAAUCUCCUGUGGACGAUCCGGACGGGAACAUGAUGAAAGAGACGGUGGAGGGGUGGGGUAUGCACGUCCUGAACGAUCCGUUUGGGAUUGCUACCUUCUCGAACUGUAAUGGUGAAAGCUGGAUUGAUCUAACUAUUGUUAGUGGAGCUAUGCUAAGACUGACCUCUCAGUGGGAAACGAUCGAUGCGGAAAGCUGUAGUGAUCAUCGCUUCAUCUCUUUUGAGGUGUCGAACGGCUCGAUUGCCUGGCCGAGCUGCCGCUACAAGCUGACUGCCGGAAACCGCGAUCGUUUUAGCAAAUGCCUCAAGGAAAAGACAGCCGAUAUCGCCACUCAAGUCUCUAAGGAUGAGAGUGUCGAGGAUCUGGAGGAUGUGGUGGCAAACUUAACCAAUGCGGUCAGAGGAGCAGGAGACUGCACACUCGCGCAAAUGCGGCCCCACAAACACCGGUCAGUUCCCUGGUGGACCCAGGAACUGAGUGUCCUUCAGAAGCGUGUCCCUCACACGCUUCUGAAGGACACUCAGUUCCUUCACACUCCGCCGACGCUUUCAACGGUGCAGGGACAAUGA